AAUGGUUAAGUUUGUUUAAAUACUAAGUCUGAAGAAUAUACUAUUGAAGCUCAAUACUUGCAAAGAGACACUACUUCAAUAAACUUCAUUCUUAGCUUCCUCUAUAAAUAAAAAUUAGUGUCUCAAUCAAACUCACUCAUAAGAAAUGCAGAUAAAAAACAAUAAUGAAAUUCUUCAAAUGCUUGAGUAGAAGUGUUAAAGUUUAAAGCCACAAUCAGAAACAGAGUACUUCUAAAUAAUGGAAUAAACCAUUUAAUUAGUAGAUUAUUAGCUCUAACUAAUAAAUAAAGGUAUGAUAGAUGUUUAAUAUUUUAGUAAUGAAAAAGUAAAAUAACAGAAAUUAAAUAAAAUAUUCUUCGUUAAGAUUAAGUCUUCUAGAAAAAGCUGCCAAUCACUUUUAUGAAAUUUGGUAAUUUGAUUCUGAAAACAUAGCUUACCUUAAAAAAUAUUUGGAUGUAUAUUUAUUUAUUUCUAUCAUAGAUUGUUAAAUCUUUUAAAGGAACUUUAAGUGAUUAAUACCUAGAAGGACUAUGCAAAUAUGCACAACAUACUUAAGAUUAUGAAGAACUUGAAUAAGUCUAUAGUCAAAUUGAAAAGAAUAUAUUUUCAGAAGCUUAAAAAAGAUGUGCUAUGACUCUUUUCAUGAACACAAAAGAUGAGAUUUAUUAUGAACAUUUCAUUAUAAAUGAAUCUCAUUGUUUAGAUUAAUCAUUGGAAAUUAAAGUAAUUUUUUAAUCAUUAUCUAAGUUUCAUCAUUUUGCUACUCAAUAUUUCCAACAAUAGAAUUGUCAUCAUACAACCAAUUAUCACAGAUAAUAAUGUGAAUUUAUGUCAUCCAAAUAUUAAAGAUCUAUUGCUUAAGGCAAUUUAGAACUUUAAUUGUCAUUCAUGUAGAACAAAAGCAAUUACUGA